UUGUUUGUGAACAACGAGAAUAAGAUCACUUGGUUGUCCAUUUUUGCUUUACACUUUAUUAGUUUUUCUAACUGUGAGUGCGUAUUAGUGAUAAGUAAAACCGGACAAAUGUAUACCUGUAAUGAGGCUAUUUGUGCCAGUGUUGUGUCCAAGUGCAUGCUAACACAGUCUUGCAAAUGUGACCUAAAGGAUUGCUCAUGUUGCAAGGAUUGCUUUAACUGUCUCAGUUACUUGUACAGUGAGUGUUGCAGUUGUGUUGAUAUGUGUCCUAAACCCAAUGACACUCAAACUGAGCUCUCCAAGUCAUCAUAUGUUGAGGAGUUACAAGAUAAUGUCCCUGGAUUAUUUGCUGCUUUAACCAGCGACCCUGACCCUCAGAAGAGGUGGUUGUCCAUCACUUACCCGGUAGACAUUGAUCUAUCAGCAUACCGAGCUACUCCGGAAAGACAACCUGUUUAUCACCUGCAGAGCGUCGAACAGGAGUCGGAACCUAUAAGUCGUGAUGUCGUAACAUUUAACUGUACAGUGGCGUACAUGUCCCAAUGUAUGUCCUGCGAUAAAUGCCGCGCUUCAUGCAGGUCCAUGGGCUCGAACAGUUUUAGGUGGUUCCACGACGGUUGCUGUGAAUGCGUCGGCGAUAAAUGUCUGUACUACGGCAUUAACGAGAGCAGAUGUCUCGCGUGUCCGGGCGGGAAAGAAACCCCAGAUAUGACUAAAGAUGACGAUCUUCUUUACGAUGAUUUGGACUACGGCGAAGAAGUUGACGCGCAGUCUUAUUAA